CCCGGAGCCAGCGGUCUUCUGACUGUGCUGCCAAGGGGUGCACGUGAAGCUGGGGGUCAGUCCCCAGCAGCUUCACUUCAACAAGCACAGGACUGACACCCAGACCCUGGUCCUGAGAAACGACAGCCCACUGCCCAUGGCAUGGCAUCUCAGUGGGCUGGACGACCUUGGCAAUGACUUCUCUGCAUCGCAAGGCAGGGGCAUCGUUGGGCCCCGCACAGACUUUGAGGUGAAGCUGGAUUUCAAGGCCGAGAAGAUUGGCAUCACAAAUAAGAUGAUCCGACUAGAGGUUUCAGAUACAGAAAACAUCCUGGGCAUUGUUCAGGCUGAAACCAUCAAAGUCUCUGUGGAGGUCUACGAUGUUAAUCUGAGCAUCAACAUGCCUGAAGGUCCAGAUGGCAGCUUGGAAUUUGGAACCAUUAAUGUCCUGGAUAAUAAGCAGCAAGUCCUGAGUCUGCAGAACAAAGGCUUGUAUGACAUUGAGUACAGUUUCAAGCUGACCACUGGAAGUGCCAAGAGGGGCGACUUGGAAUCUCCCUUCACUGUCCGGCCGCAGGGGGCUGUGCUGAAAGCCUCCCGGCCACCUGUGAAAGUUGAGGUCCUCUUCCACCCCACGACUGAAAUGUUUCUCGAGAGCAAACCCAUCCUGCUCUGCCAGGUCAUUGAUCUCAAAUCGGGUCAAGGAGGCGAGACCGUUGCCACCAUCCCAGUGAGGGUGUCGGCGAGAGCUGUGUACAGCAAGGACAGCAUCGAGCCUGCCUCGCCCAUCGACUUUGGUGCCAUGGUUAAGGGCACCAAGAAGAGACAGGUCUUAAUUGUGGAGAACAAAGGCGCCCUCAACUUCAAAUUCCAGGCAGCCAGACCUGGGUUAUUGUCCAUUUGGAUUGCUGGCUUGGGAAGAGGGAGGAAAACAACACCUCAGUAUCCCCGAAGGCUUUCCUGCAUGGGGAGGAAGGCCAGCUUUGGCCUCAGACAAAGGCAGGGGAGCUCAGCAUGA